CCGGAAGCUCAUCUCAAAAUGCUGAACUACCCUUUGCCAGUGGCCGGUGCUGUAGAAUUUGGAAUCUGUUCUCGGGCCUGAGCCUUGAGGCCAGGCUCCUGGGUGUCGUUAAUGUUCGGGGCCGCCGGGCACCAACCGAUCGGAGCUCCAGCCGCCGGGAACAGCUGGCAUUUCAGUAGAACCAUGGAGGAACUGGUUCAUGAUCUUGUCUCAGCAUUGGAAGAGAGCUCAGAGCAAGCUCGAGGUGGAUUUGCUGAAACAGGAGACCAUUCUCGAAGUAUAUCUUGCCCUCUCAAACGCCAGGCAAGGAAAAGGAGAGGGAGAAAACGGAGGUCAUAUAAUGUUCAUCACCCAUGGGAGACUGGUCACUGCUUAAGUGAAGGCUCUGAUUCAAGUUUAGAAGAACCAAGCAAGGACUAUAGAGAGAAUCACAAUAAUAAUAAAAAGGAUCAUAGUGACUCUGAUGACCAAAUGUUAGUGGCGAAGCGCAGGCCAUCAUCAAACUUAAAUAAUAAUGUUCGAGGGAAAAGACCUCUAUGGCAUGAGUCUGAUUUUGCUGUGGACAACCUUGGGAACAGAACUUUACGCAGGAGGAGAAAGGUAAAACGCAUGGCAGUAGAUGUUCCGCAGGACAUCUCCAACAAACGGACAAUGACCCAGCUGCCCGAAGGUUGUAGAGAUCAGGACAUGGACAAUGACAGAGCUUACCAAUGUCAAGAAUUUACUAAGAAUAAAAUCAAAAAGAGGAAAUUGAAAAUAAUUAGACAAGGACCAAAAAUCCAAGAUGAAGGAGUAGUUUUAGAUAGUGAGGAAAUAAGCCAGACCAGUAAGGACAAAAUGGAAUAUGAAGAGCAAAAAGUCUCAGAUGAGCUCAUGAGUGAAAGUGAUUCCAGCAGUCUCAGCAGCACUGAUGCUGGUUUGUUUACCAAUGAUGAGGGAAGACAAGGUGAUGAUGAGCAGAGUGACUGGUUCUACGAAAAAGAAUCAGGUGGAGCAUGUGGUAUCACCGGAGUCAUUCCCUGGUGGGAAAAAGAAGAUCCUACUGAGUUAGACAAAAAUUUACCAGAUCCUGUCUUUGAAAGAAUCUUAACUGGUUCUUUCCCUCUUAUGUCGCAUCCGGGCAGAAGAGGUUUCCAAGCUAGACUCAGUCGCCUUCAUGGAAUGCCUUCAAAGAAUAUUAAAAAAUCUGGAGGGACUCCAACUUCAAUGGUGCCCACUCCUGGCCCAGUCAGUAACAAGAGGAUGGUUCACUUUUCCCCAGAUUCUCAUCACCAUGACCAUUGGUUUAGCCCUGGGGCUAGGACAGAGCAUGGCCAGCAUCAGCUUCUGAGAGAUAACCGAGCAGAAAGAGGACACAAGAAAAAUUGUUCUGUGAAAACAGCCAGCAGGCAAACAAGCAUGCAUUUAGGAUCCUUAUGCACGGGAGAUAUCAAACGGAGAAGAAAAGCUGCACCUUUGCCUGGACCUACAACAGCAGGAUUUGUAGGUGAAAACGCCCAGCCAAUCCUAGAAAACAACAUUGGGAACCGAAUGCUUCAGAAUAUGGGCUGGACACCUGGGUCAGGCCUGGGACGCGACGGCAAGGGGAUCUCUGAACCAGUUCAAGCCUUGCAGAGGCCAAAAGGAUUAGGACUCGGAUAUCCCCUACCAAAAAGCACUCCUACAACUACUCCCUCCAAACCAGGAAAGCCCACCUAAGAAGAAGAGCAAAGAAGAAAUGUUUUAACAGUUUUUAUUCACCAUGUCCCACUGUUCUAAAACUCCAACAUAGCUUCUGUUUUCAAGGCAGAAAUCUUCAUGGCCUCCAGCUCCUCUCUCCAACUUCCUAACUGCACACAGUCUGGCCAUGUGAUGGAAAGGGGAUCGCAUCACACCAGUCAUGGUGCUGAAGUGCAAACCUCCACCCGUUCAAUGUUUUCAGUCAUUUCCAGCUAUUUCUAAGUAUAAAGAAUAGCUCAUUUCUCUUAUUUAUUUUGAUCUCGUAUGUCAAUGUUUUUGAAUGCCUUGCUUGAUUCAUGUAUGUGUGUGAUGUCCAGGAAAAGGUGAGCACACCCACAGGUUUUCAAAAUGGGAUAGGCCAGAAGGGGUUGUGCUUCAUACCUUCCCUAUCUAUUGUAACCCAAGAGAUUGUCAUCAGUGAAAUCCUAAGCAAAUCUCUGUUUGAAAGUCUUGACAAUUUCGCAUCCUUUGAGUUUGGCUUUUUUUGUGAGGAUUUUCUAACAGGGUGAUACCCAUUAAUUUUCUGUCCUUGGACAAUGUAGUAUGAAGUUCACAGCGGAGAAACAGCAAUUAAUGUUUCCCUCAGAUGUUUCGGCAAAAAUAAACCUCAUCAUUGUUAUCACCAGAGUGCCCUCAACAUUACUUUAAUGCAGAUUUUAUAAAUUUUACCUCAUUUAAACAUAAAAUAAUUAUUGAAAGAAAAAUGUAUUUUUUAAAUUCAUCAUGACCAAAUUAUUCUAUUAGUAGUAAAUUCUAUUAAUCCAGAAUUCUACCUCUCUCUUCCCAAAGAAUUGAUAUUUUUAUUAAGAUUAACUCAAGUGUCGUAAACUGAUUUUAAAUUUUAAUCAUUGGAUUAAGUUAUUAGAAUGUUGAUCAAUUUAUUUGAAGAUUUAAAUGGCUGUCCCAAGAAUUCAGGUUUCUGGCAAUGGCCCAAACUCAUUUAUAAGGUGAACAAGAAAAGUGAAUAAUUCUGAUUUGCCUUUUCUAAGAUCUAAGGCAUUAUUUUAAAAUCAAGCAAACAAGUCAUUUUUAUUAUGUGCCUUGUAUUGAGUUAUUUCUAAAUCAUUUGCUUUUUAGUGUUAGAGAUUCAAAAUCGCUCUUAAUUUAGAAGAUGUUGAUUUCUUAUCUUCUUCAUUAUUAAGAACUAAUAAAAUAGUUAUUAUUCUGUUUAUAAUGGCCUUUAUUGGUAAAGAUUGAGAUAACAUGUGAAUCACCUACAUUUUAAAAAUUUUGUAAGUCCCCAAAACAGGUUUUAGGAGGUGGUAGUGGAGGUUUAUGCAUGUGACAGGUGGUCCACUAAAGAAAAUACUGCCAACUAGGGAAGGGAAAGCCAACCUGCUAUUUGAUGGUUUGCCAAAUGUACGAGGAUAUGUUUAUUAUCUUCUUUCUUAGGGGUAUUGUGUGAAGAGGACAGGUUGGUUAGAGGACUAUAGACUACCACGUGAGUUGCUUUUUUGAAGCAUUCUUACUGGAUUAAAGUAACCCUGUUGUAUGAUUACUUCCUGUACUUUUAUUACUUAGAAAUGUGCCAUUUUUUUAAUGAUUUUUUUUUUAAAUGCUCAUUCUAUCUAUGUAGGGGGGAAAGUUGGGGGACAUUAUAUUCAGAUUUUUAAAUUUCUUUGUAAUAGUGUAUUGUGCUCUAGGGUCUAUUCUAAAGUUGCUUGUUUGUUUAAUUCCAUUUCCUAAAGAUCUCCUAAAAAUCCUAGAAUUUCAAAAGGUGAAAUUUUGAGCCACCGAUAACAAACAACGAGGUCUUGUGAGACUGUUUGCAAGCUCCCAAGGGCCUGGCUAUUCCCUUUCACUUUACCAUGUUCUAAUGGAUAUGAGACCUUCACAGUGAAGGAGAGCAGAACAUAUUGCAAACUGAUCUGGGGGACUCCUUAAUUAAACACUGCAGCCUUUAUGAAUGCUUUUUAUUGUUGCCAUUCUGGACAGGUGUAAGUCUUUUUGUUGUUGUUCUUGUUUGUUCUGUUUUUUAUUGUUGUUCUGUUUGGUUUUUUUGUUUGGUGAACAAUGCGGGUGUGAACAGGUAUAAAUCCUCUGAUGCAGCCUCUCUAAGACGUUCCCUUAGCUUCUCUAACACCCCCCAAAAAUUCAUCUUUGUACUUUCCACUAAUAGAAAGUACUUAAUCUUGAGCUCACUAUGUGGUUCACAGAGGACUUAUUUUUUAUUCUGUUGAAGUGUUUAACUCUACAGAAUAUAUGAAUCAACCUUCAAAGGAGAGAAGUAACAAGAUCCCAAGCUUCCCCAUCCUCUUACACAACAUGCCUUCAGCAUUCAGUCCUUAGGAAAAAUAAGUGCAGACCUGAUGUUCUGGUUGUACCUAAACUUACUUGGAGAAAUAACCAGUCACAAUUAAUGUAUGAAAAUUAAAUAUAAAUCAAAUGUCUUUUAAAAUAUGAAACCCACUAAUUUAUGUUUUAUAUAUAGUUAUAGUUAAUUUUUGCCAGUUACUAUGCCCAUAGAACCUAAAGGAUCCAAAGGAGUUCAUGAUUUAGAAUGUGUCAUUCAUGUCUCCUUAAAAAGGUGGUAGGAGAUUUCCCCUGCUCCCUCAUGAGCCAUUCUUAUAUCCUACAGGAUCUAUAGCCUCAUGUCAAGUUCAUUGUGCAAAAAUUCUAGGGAAUACAUAGAUCUCUUCCCUUAUUAUCCAAAUUAUCCAUUAUCUACAGUAGCCAAGAAAGGCUGAGCGUGACUACUUCAGCAACUUGAAUUUUUUUCUUUGUAUAUUUUUUAUACUUGAUAGUGACCAGACUUUGUGCUGGAGUCGUUUCUUUCUUUCAUUCUUUUCUUUCCUACUUUCCUUCUCCCCAAAUACAAUAUUUAAUGCUACAUUCCCCUCAUUUUUUUUUUGCUUUUAUUUUUAAAUUAUAUGGCAUCCUUUUAAAAGAGAAUUCAUUGCUGACUAAAAUUUGCCAAUUAAUUGGUCUCAGCAUUUGAGUACAUAAAUUUCAUAACUCAUACUGUGGUUAUCAAACAGAAGUUAAGACAGUAGGGUUAAAGACAUGCAUACUGUGUACAUAUAGUGUACAUAUGUGUGUGGUAUAUAGACAUAACUGCAAAAUAUUGCAUUUUGUUAAUAGGCUUAUUUUAACAUUGUGAAUUGGUAUUCUUGUAAUUAGUUGAACUUACAGUUGCUUCUCUUCAGUACAUUUCAUUUGAACAGAUAUUUCAUAAAAGAAAAAAAAAUCACUGUUGACAUGCUUUUUAAAACCAUUUUCACUUGUAUUUUGCCUUUCAAAAAGGAAAGUGAUCUAAAUUGGUACUGUAAAAUGAAUUGUUAGUAAAGAAUAUCUUGGAUUUUUUUUGUUGUUUAGUUUUUUUUUUUUCCUUUUGGUUGAAAAUUAUAUUAAUAGUUCAACAAAGAGUGAAAGAAUAAAACAUAAUGUUUAAGAAUGUUAUUUAUAAGCAGUCAUUGUCUUUGUGCUUAAAUGUUUUCCUCUUACCUUAAAGUAAUAAAAAAAUCGAAAGUACA